AUGAAGAGGGAGGUUUCUGCCCUCAAAAAGGAGAACAAAGCUAUUCUGACAAAGAUGAAAAAGCUGGAAGAUCAGGCCGAGGCUGCCACUAAGGCCCAACAGAUGGCCGAAGAAAAAGCAGAGUCUACUGAAGCCAUCAAAAAAGUUACCGAGGCCGAGAAGAAAGAUGCCGAGGUAAAAAAGGCUCAAGCCGAAAAAGAGCUCGAGCAGGCCCUGGCCACUAAAAACGCCGAAAUUACUGAAGCCGAUGAAAAAGCUUACGCCCAAGGAAUGGCCGAUGUUGCUGAGGACUACAAACUGCAAGCUGAAGCUAUUCCUCUCCCAUUCCCUCCUCCUGCUCCAUCUUCUAGUCAAGCUGAAAAUGAGGCAGAAUCUGAGGCUAAGGAUGAAGAUAAUAAUGAAGAUGAGGCCUUGGGUGAUGAGGUUGGGGAGGCGCCUAGGGAAGCUGUUACAGGGAUAUUAUCAUCCGACCUCCUUUUAGCUGAAAGAAGUCUUUACAAAACGCUUGCAGAGAUUGAUGCCGAGCUUGAAGCAGAAAAGAUUGCCAAUGAGGUUCCACCAGAAUCUUCCGAGGUCCCAGCGCCUCCAGCUGUUAAUGCUAAAGAAUCCUGA